GUUGCCUUAAAAAGGGCUUCCUGGUGGCCAGAAAGUGACAAAGUGGAGGAUCUGACCGAUCACUCAGCUUCUUUGUGUUUUCCUUCUCUAGUUGUACUUGCCCAGCAAGUGACGGUCCGCAAUGAGGUCACGGGGUACCUGGGGAAGAAGGUCGUCCUGCCGUGCAACAUUGCAUUAACCGAACCUGAGAUCAAGAUCAGCCAGGUGACCUGGGGGAAGGAGGUCGGAGGCAGGAAGCAGAAUGUGGCCGUCUACCAUCCACUCCAUGGGCAGAGCUACCCAAUGGAGAAGAACAGCAGGCGAAUCCGUUUCCUCACACAGUCCUUGGCAGAUGCCACGCUGGUCAUCGAACACCUACUCAUGACGGAUGAGGGCACCUACACGUGCGAGUUUGCUACGUAUCCCAACGGCAAUGAAGUAGGCACCACCAACCUGGUCGUCCUGGCCAAGCCCACGAGCAGCGUUAAGGCCGAGGAGGUGAAAGCCAGCAACACCGAGCAGCCCGUGGCCGUGUGCACUUCCGCGAACGGGAAGCCGCCGGCUCGCAUCACCUGGCAGUCGAGGCUGAGCGGCAACUGGAGCACGACGCAGACAAACAACCCCAAUGGCACCAUCACCGUCACCAGCCGCUACAACAUGACACCCACCAAGGAGGCCAACGAGCAACAAAUCACCUGCGUUGUUGAACACGUGACCCUGCCCCAACCCGAGUCCUUCCCUGUCCGGCUUUCCAUAUUAUAUGCUCCUGAGGUUGCCAUAGAGGGCUAUGAUGACAACUGGUAUCUGACCCGCAAUGAGGCCACACUCAUCUGUACCGCGAAGGGGAAUCCCACCCCAAUAGACUUCUCUUGGACCACGUCCAGCGGGUCACUCCCGAAGUCAGUGGAAGUCCAGGGUCAGCGACUAAUAGUGAAGAACGUGGAUUACUCUGUGAACACCACCUUUAUCUGCCAAGCCACUAAUCGCGUGGGUCAAGUUACGACACAGCAAGUCGUCCUUGUCCGGGAGAAGCCCAACCCGACCGGCGCAGCCACCACUGGGGGCAUCAUUGGAGGCCUCAUAGCCACCAUCGUGGCCUUGGCUGUGGUGGCCACCGGAAUCCUGAUCUGUCGGCAGCAGCAAAAGAACCGGAUGGAUCACGAGGAGGAUGAUUUGGAAGGACCCCCAGCGUACAAGCCGCCACCGCCUUGCCAACUGUCGGAAGAAACGGAACCGGUUCCUAACCCCACUGGGGCUGAAAGUAUCCCACUCAAAGCUCCCUACUAUGAACCCAGCGUCGCAGACAAUCUCUUUGGAGGAGUCGGUGCCACUACAACAGAGGAGGUGCCGCGAUACCAUGAACUGCCAACGCUGGAGGAGCGAGAGACGGCAGGCGAGGCUGGCCCUAGUCUGGAAGAUGAAUAUUUAGACCAGAUCAACCCCAUUUAUGAUGCCCUGUCCUUUGCGGCUACGGAGGAAGAUGCAGCUUUGACACCCAUGGCCACCGAUAAGGCCUUUGUGAUGUCCAGAGCUAUGUAUGUCUAAAUUGACCGGCUAAUCUUACAGCCACAGUCCAAAAAAGGGGAUGCUGCUUAAAAGAUAUUUUGUGAUGGUCCUGAAGAGAAGCUGCUCCUUUUCCACUACAUCCUCUUUCGAUACCCAGCUCCAUUUCGUGGACAUCCUAGCUUUCACAGGGGUCUUAGGUGGGCAAGACCAUAUCUUGCUCAGAAGGGUCUCGCAACUUUGUGCCUUCUGUCCCAAUCAAGCCAGAACCAGUGUUUCUUCUUCAACCCUCAGCCUUACAGUACGGUAUGCCAAAUGUAUGCUCUUAACUGCUCAGACUUUCAGUUCCAGAUCCUUCAGCAGAGGGCUCCACUGCCAUGAUCUAGUAGAUCCUCCAGCCAAGCCACGCUGCUUCUGAGCCCACAAGGAUAUUGCCGUCCAGGGAAUGUGGUGGAAUGCUUGUUAGUCUGUUUACAGUGAGGUGGAAGCUCUCUCAAUACCCAGUCUUACUGCAGUGCUGCACGGUGCAAAUAUCUUGCACCUUCGCCUCCCUGGGCCGCCCAUCUCCCCCAGAAUUUAUCUCCUGCCAUGAUGCUUUCAAGCUGUCUUGGGGAAAGAUUCACAUCAGCCAAGUCUAAACUGUUUCUGGACUGCAAUGCUGUGAAUUGCAGAGAGGAACAAAGUCAUCUAUAAAAGCUACAGUGAUGUCAUGGGCAUCAUCAUGUCUUUUGCCCCCUACCUGGGUAAGAGAUUGCCUGAUUAAUCCUAAUUCCCGAACACCCCCCUUAAAAAAA